ACAGUAUGAAAAUGAAGGCACCCCAUCUGGAUUCCAGCACCGGGGGAGAACUGGGUGAGGGUGAGAACCGCCGGGACCUAAGCCCCUAAUCCUGAGUGAAGUCCUCAGGACAGACGAAGUCAUCCGGAAGCGUCUUCUGAUAGAUGGAGACGGUGCUGGGGAUGAUCGGAGAAUUAAUCUCCUAGUGAAAAGCUUCAUUAAAUGGUGUAACUCUGGAUCCCAAGAGGAAGGAUACAGCCAGUACCAGCGGAUGCUGAGCACGCUGUCUCAGUGUGAGUUCUCAAUGGGCAAAACGCUGCUGGUGUAUGAUAUGAACCUCAGAGAAAUGGAAAACUAUGAAAAAAUAUACAAAGAAAUAGAAUGCAGUAUUGCUGGAGCACAUGAAAAAAUUGCUGAGUGUAAAAAGCAGAUUCUUCAAGCAAAACGAAUACGAAAAAAUCGACAAGAAUAUGACGCUUUGGCCAAAGUUAUCCAGCAUCAUCCGGACAGGCAUGAGACACUGAAGGAGCUAGAGGCUCUGGGCAAAGAAUUAGAGCAUCUCUCGCAUAUUAAAGAAAGUGUUGAAGAUAAGCUGGAAUUGAGACGGAAACAAUUUCACGUUCUUCUUAGUACCAUCCAUGAACUUCAACAGACAUUGGAGAAUGACGACAAGCUGUCAGAGGUGGAGGAAGCUCAAGAAAGCACCAUGGAGGCAGACCCUAAGCCGUAGAUGGUGACGUCGCCGUCCGUCCGCCCGCAAGGACAGGCAAUAGCUGCAUGGGCUUCCUGGAUUCAAUUUCAACUUCGGCAGUGAAAUACUUUGCUUUCAAAUAUUAAUUCAUGCCUCAUUUGUAUUUCUUCACACAAGGAAAUGUAUCCAUGUAUAUGUAUUUUUUAAAUGCAUUUUUAUCCUUAAACCUAGAAUUCAGCAUCGGAAAAUAUUUAAUAAAAUAUCUCAAGCAGGAUCUUUGUGCUCAUUCAAAACUCUAGGUAGCUUGCCUUUGCAAAUUAGAAAAUAAGUCGAUUUCUAGAAGGUAUUAGUAGCUCCUUAGAAAACGCAGUCUAAGAGUAGGCUUUAGAGGGGCUAUAAUCAGUACUUAAUGGUGUGUGUUUAUUGUAGGGGAGUUUCCACACUGUUAAGAAUAGCUGUUGUUAGGGGCUGGAGAGAUGGCUCAGCGGUUAAGAGCGCUGACUGCUCUUCCAGAGAUCCUGAGUUCAUCCCAGCAACCACAUGGUGGCUCACAACCAUCUGUGAUGGGAUCCAAUGCCCUCUUCUGGUGUGUCUGAAGACAGCUACAGUGUACUCAUAUAUACAUUAAAUCAGUAAGUCUUUUAAAAAAAUUGUAUUGUUGUAUGAGAUCAGUUCAUCUGCAUUGCUUUUCUGCAUUUCUCUCUGUUAGUAUUUAAGGAACAGGGUUGGUAAAUGCU